AUGAUUGAGGAUAUCGAGUACAAGCUGGCACCUGUCAAAGCAACCUCGGUUGCCACGGAUGACAUUGACAAGACGUUCCGCUCCAGCAGCAUUGAUCUGAUAUCCGGGACUUUGGGCGGCAAAAUCCUGGGUUUCUCAGAUGAGUGGUUUGCAGAUGCGCUUAACCUCAUCACACCCACACCCCCUAUUCGCCAGCCCGGUAAAAUGGUAUACACCGGAGCUUGGUAUGAUGGUUGGGAGACCAGGAGACACAACACAGAGCCUUUUGACUGGGUCGUGAUCCGACUUGGUGUAGCUUCGGGCACCGUCACAGGAAUCGAGGUAGACACGGCUUUCUUCUCGGGAAACCACGCGCCUGCGAUCUCCGUCGAAGGCUGCUUCAGCCAGAGUGAUGACGAGGUGCUCUCAUGGAAGGGCGGAAAAGGAGGGUGGGAACCUAUCCUAGACAUUCGGGAGUGUGGUCCAUCUCAGCGGUUCGGAUGGAAGCUUGACGAGCCCACGUCCAAGCAGUAUACCCACGUCAGGCUCAACAUGUACCCUGAUGGUGGAAUUGCCCGUUUCCGGCUCUUUGGCCACGCUGUCCCGGUUUUCCCUGAGGACACAGAGGCGAUUUUCGACUUGGGCGCAGCACAGAACGGUGCUGUAGCCGUUUCCUGCAGCGACCAGCACUUUGGCACCAAGGACAAUCUCGUGCUGCCAGGUCGUGGCAAGGAUAUGGGCGAUGGCUGGGAAACGGCACGCUCGCGGACCAAGGGCCAUGUGGACUGGGCAAUCAUUCGACUCGGCGCGACAGCACUGAUUCAAAGCUUCAUUGUCGACACGGCAUUCUUCAGGGGUAACUUCCCGCAAAAGACGAAGCUGGAUGCCAUUGAGUGGAAAGGAGAGGGUGAACCCAGUGCCGAUGCUGAGGGAUGGACUGAGGUUGUAGCACCGAGCAAGUGCGGUCCUGAUCAAGAACACGCCUUUGACUGUUCCGUAAAGGAUAAGCCUUUUACUCAUGUGAAACUGACCAUCAUUCCAGACGGUGGAGUCAAGAGACUGCGUGUCUUGGCUAAGAGAUUUGUGUGA